AUGAAGAUAUUCGUCUUUUUCACACUGUCGCAUCUCGAAGCGCUUGUAGGUAUCGUUAUACAGGUCUUCCGUUCUGUGGAGGUUAAUCGUAGUCUGGCCCGCAGUUGCAUUGAGACAACUUUUUCAAGCGUACUGUUCAACGGCGAAUACCCUGCUACCCUUAAAAGUACAGACAGACGGAGUGGCAAGGAAGUGACAACCGUUCUCUUAAGAGUAGACGUCAAAAAGAGGGAAGUGGUGCGAUAUUUUGGCGUGAAAUUAGAGCACGCGCAUUAUCUAUCUUUGGUCUAUUCAUAUCUAUCUAUGUAUCUAUCUAUCUAUGCACACACAUCUAUCUAUCUAUCUAUCUAUCUAUCUAUCUAUCUAUCUAUCUAUCUAGCCUUGGUCUGUUCAUAUCUAUCCAUCCUUAGUCUAUUCAUAUCUAUCUAUCUAUCUAUCUAUCUAUCUAUCUAUCUAUCUAUCUAUCUAGCGAUACAUUUACCUAACGAGCUAAUGUGA